AUGGGUCCCGUUACUGAAUGGUGUUUGUGUGGAAACUGCACAUCAUUAUCCCCAGAAGAGAACGUGUGCUGUAGGGAGACACCAAAGGUAAUGCACAGAUGUCAGCAGGUGGGUGUAAACACCUGCAUUACGGAGCACCCGGGGUUUGAGGCAGUUGCCCUCAACCCAUAUGUGCUGCAGGCAGUGUAUGGCACAUACUUACAGCUCUUUGGUGACAUGCCAGAGACGAUGGUGCACAGUAAUUACCGGCACCUUGCGUACCGGAAUGUGGCUGGAGUUCCCUGA